AAUAUCUAUGAUAAGAAUUUAAAAGGCGGAUAUUUUUGAUAUUUUCUUAGAUUGGUUCACCUAACAUUAACGAGUACAAUAUCUGUGUUGCCAAUUAGUUUCAGAAUUUCACAGUUAUACGAAAUUUACCAAAGUAAAUGCAGAUAUGUCCACACUUGAAUCUUCCGGUUCUUCAAAAACUGAAACCAUGAUGGAGUUAAUAGAUAUUUUGCUUGACUUCAUGGAUAUUACAAAGGAACCAAACUUGAAGCGUGUUAUUCAAUUUGCCUUCGGCAUACUAAACACAAACAACAUUGAAAAACUGCAAUUUGCUUCGAAAUUAAUUUCAAAGUUGUUUGCGGUCAUAUUCCCUGACCCAGAAGAAGAUGAAGUAUUGCAGACCCGUAAUCCCCAACUUGUAUCCGACUUCAUUUUGUGUGUACAAAUGUGGACUGGCCACUUUCCAGAUGAAGGCAAGUUUCUAUUGGCUCAGCUCUGUUCAAGGACUUUAAAUAACGAGAAUCAGCCACAUGCUGGUCAAAUAUUAGUGCAAUUAAUGGACGACAUUUUGCGCGAUUUAGGAGCCGAAUAUAUUACGUCUUCGAAGCUGUAUUGCCGCAUACUCAAACUACUAGAAUCGAAUAGAAAUGAGGAACGUAUAUCUGGUCAUUUGCUUUUGAAAAAGUUACUAGACAAGAGCAAGUGCACCCAACUGAAUUUAUUCUCCUAUAUUAAUGUAAUGGAAUGCCUGAAUAUUGAGCAAUCCCCACAAAAUUCAGCUUCGUUGAGUGCUCGGCUAUCGCUUCUAAAGGAAAAUGACACAGAUGGAAAUUGGAUGCGCAUUUUCUACAGUAGCUUGUUACAGGACAGCAACAUUCCGAGGCUGCACUCGAGCCUUGUCUUUAUUAUGGAUCACUUUACUAUUGCCGAACUAUUUAGCGCCCAUCUACUGAAAGAGUUCCUUGCAGCUACCAAUAGUCCGAAUCUGCACGACAUGGAGGGUAUCAAUUUGCCAGAGCAACAAAUGAAGAAAUUUUUAUCAGACAAUGCCCAGAAGCAGUUCUUCAAGGCGUUUGGAGAGGUGGCCUGGUAUGGAGUUCCUCUGUGUCGUUGGCUGGAUUGCAUUGAGACUGGGAUUAAGUUACAAAUUACUAAAAAGCAUUUGCUGAAAAUAAGUGAACUUGUACGAAAUAUAGCAAAUUUGGAUUUACGAAACAGUGCCAGUAAUCGGUUUUGUGAGGUCUUUAAGGUCAGCAUCGAGAGUUUGUCCGUGGGCGAUUUCAUGACAUUAAUAAGGACGCUGUAUAAUGACAACGAUAUUGUCUGUGCUUAUGGACUGUAUUUGCUUGUGAGGAUAAUCGAGAAUUCCCAAAAUAUAAACGAAGAAAUGGUUAAUUUUACGAAAAGCUUCUACGAAUCCCUUAGUGAUAAGCGGGAUAACUAUUAUCUAUGGGAUCCACUUAUGGAACUAUUGAGACAAUUCGAACAUGUGCCAAAAACACAGCACGGAUGGUGGCGUUUACCUGCUUUCUUUUCUUUGCAUAACAAUGAUGAAGUUCGGGAUUUUUAUCGUAUUGAGUACGAUGUAAAUAUUGAAUUGAUCAACGAGUGUAAAAAUCUAAAAGAGCUACAGAAACAUUUAAUUUAUAAGCUAAAUUGCCAAACGGAGGAGGAAACAUAUUUUGUAAUGCAGCAAAGUGUCGAUUUAUUUCUUGAAAAGAAUGUGCAUCACUGGAGUCAACUCGAAGAGUUUCACUUGGAUCCAGUUGAAGUUUUGGAAAAUGGCGCAUUUAAAACAUUAUCGCAUUUGUCAAAACUAUUGAGUGCGCAUGACAAACGGCUGCAAGAUGAGAAAGUAAUUGAAACUUUUCAAGUACUGUUAAGGAAUUAUCCCAGACGCUGGGUCAUCCCCGGAAACAUAUUAAAAUAUGUAUAUAAGCAUCUGGACAUAUAUAAACCGGAAAAGCUUUUGGACGAAAUGAUUGCCAAUAGUUCUGACGGUUGGGAGCUUGGAGCGAUUUUGUGUAGCACAAAUUCCAUAUCGGUAUCUAAGCUUAUAAAUGGGUUACUUUAUUGUGAGACUCCAACAGGGGUUUCACGCAACGCGUAUGCAUAUUUAAAUAGUUUAUCGACCUGGAAUAUAAAUGAUCAUAUUAAACGAAACAAUUAUAUUACGUAUGUCAGUGGAAUGUAUAAAGAGCAGUCGGUUCAUAUACUGUUUAAUGAAUUAUUAAACAUCAAUGAGCAUAUUACUGUAAAAGAAAGUGUAGAGAAUUCGAGAGAUCACAGAAUACAAAUGCGCAUUGCCAGAACACUUUUUAACUACGAAUGCUUUGGUGAAACUUUGCCGGAGUAUGUGUCUGACAAACUGUGGACAGCUCUUGUGGCCCCAAAUAAUCCACUAAAUAUUACGUACCUUUUCGAAUGUCUGGUGGCAAAACUUUUGCCAUCUUUUCAACUGUUAAUGGAAAAACUGAAGUCGCUGACAAGCCUGCAAUCCCAUCAACAAGAGUCAAUCAUAUCUGUUGUUUAUAUAUAUUGCAUGAGGAAUUGGGAUUCUCUAAAAUUGGAACAGCUGCAAACAGCUUUUGAGUUGCUUUGGCUACAUAUGAUGACUGCUAAAUUCCAGACAAUGUUUUUUAGUCAGUUGGUACUACACCGACUGGCUGUUAGAUGUGAGGAGAAGAGUAUUGACCUCCCUUUUGUCGAUGCAAUUAAGUCUAACCUAGAAUUGUUAAUUGGAGAUAAGACUCCCGAGUAUCGUGUGGAAGCUCGUCUGCUGCUACCAGAAAUAUUAAAGUAUUUUCCUCCUGCCGAUUCAAUUCUUUAUAUGACGAAUGCACCGUUUGACGAAUACAAUAAUCCAAAAUGGGAGUAUUCACAAAAUCAAAUGAAAAAAUUGGACAAGAUCCGAACUGCCUUUAAGGCCAAAGGUCUUACUGUUUAA